AUGGAUGGGGACCUGGCCAGACAACUCGGCAUUAAGCUCCUUCCCUCAAAGGACACCCACAAGGUACUAGCCUUAGAUGGCCAUGAGCUCAACCGGUCAUCUCUUAUGACAGAGCUGGUCCAGCUAGUUGUGGGUGGAUCAGAUGAAAUCAACAUUUUCCUGCUGGGAAAAACUGGUAUUGGGAAGAGCAGCCUGGGAAAUACCAUCCUGGGAGACAGUCUGUUUAAAGGAAAAACAUCUCCUACAUCUGAAACAGAUAUGGGCCAAGCAGAAAGAAAAUACAUCAAUGGGGUACCUAUCAAAGUGAUCGACACUCCUGGCUUCGUUGGCAACACCAUGGAUGAAGAAAGGCUAAAGCGUGAGAUAAUACACAGUGUCAAACUGUGUGAAGGCAAGAUUGAUGCCAUUCUUAUUGUGCUGAGAGUGGAUCGAUACACAGCCCAGGAGAAGGAAAUCAUCAAGCAAAUAGAGCAGUGUUUCUCAGAGGAGGCUCUGAAACGCGCUGUGGUUGUGUUUACGCAUGGAGACCAACUGGAAGAUGGGAUGACAAUUGAGGAUUUUGUUGAAAAGGAUUCUGAUCUGAAAAAGUUUGUAGAGAGGUGUGGCGGCAGAUGCCACGUUCUUGAUAGCAAAUACUGGAAAGAAAAGCAGGAAGGUUACAGGAGCAACAAGUUUCAGAUGGAGCAGCUUCUCAACACAAUAAAAACAAUGAAAAACAGCCAGGGCUCCUACACCAAUCUGCUUCUUGAGUUAGUGGGGGAAGAAGAAGGCAAUGGGGGAAAGGGGCCGAAUUCGAUCAUCUUAGCUGGAGUCAAAGUGGGAGUAUUGCUGGGAGCAAUUUUUGGUGCUUAUAUGGUUGUGCCUUGUACAGUGGCUUCAGCAGCAAAAAUAGCUGUGGGUGGAGCAGUAAUUGGAGGUGCAUGCAGCACGUUGUUGAAACACACCAGGCAUUCGAACAGAGCCGUCAGCUCCGGGGCUGAUCCUGGAACUCCGGUGGAUGGGGGCAGGGAGCCAGCCAGUGAUGGAGCGACCAAACCCGACCCGGUCACGGAAGCCUGGACACAGGCGGCCCCGUGCUUCCCCCCUCCUGCCUUACUGGCCCCCAGCCCCCCUCCUCUGCUGAGGACGGUCGGCUCAUGGCUCUCUGCUGAGGUCCGAUACAGUCAGCAGCCAAGCAGUCAACACUUCAUACCCCCCUCUCCCUUGGGCCAGUGA